AAGAAACUGAAGAGGCCCUUGGCCUGCGAUGGGAUGGACGAAGAGGAAGACAGCCACUAUGUCUCGCAGCUCAGGGAUGUCUACAGCAGCUGUGACACCACGGGGACAGGCUUCUUGGACCGGGAGGAGCUGACCCAACUCUGCCUGAAGCUUCAUCUGGAAAAGCAGCUGCCUGUCCUUCUGCAAACACUUCUCGGAAACGACCUCUUUGCCAGGGUUAACUUUGAGGAAUUUAAGGACGGUUUCGUGGCCGUCUUGUCAUCACAGGCUGGUGUCGGCUCCUCAGAUGAAGACAGUGGGUCUUUGGAGCCAGGUGCCCCCCGGGCCGUUCCCCCAAAGUACGUGAGCGGCUCUAAGUGGUAUGGCCGUCGGAGCUGGCCCGAGCCCUGCGAUGCUGCAGGUGGAGCCCCCUGUUUACCGGAGCAGCCUGGCAGGCCCAGUGUGAGAAGCCAGCUCCGACGCUCCGCAUCUCUGGAAAGUGUGGAGAGUCUCAAGUCCGAUGAAGAAGCCGAAAGUGCGAAGGACCCUCAGAAUGAGUUGUUUGAAGCAAAAGGCCAGCUGCCAACCUGGGGUUCUGAGGUCUUCGGGAGCCUCCGGAAGCCCUGCAGCUCCUCCUUCGACACCCCUGAGAGCCGGGUCCGGGGCCUCUGGGAAGAGCUGGGUGUGGGCAGCAGCGGCCACCUCACCGAACAGGAGCUGGCCCUGCUCUGCCAGAGCGUCGGGCUCCAGGGCCUAGAGAAGGAGGAACUUGAAGACCUUUUCAACAAGCUGGACCAAGACGGCGACGGCAGAGUGAGUCUAGAGGAAUUCCAGCUUGGCCUGUUCAAUCAUGGAUCCCCUCAACUUCUGGAAUCUUCCACACUUGUCAAACCGAGCGGGUCCUGGUCUCAUUACCAGGUCCCAGAGGAGGGUGGUGGCCAGACCACCACGUCAUCCCUCGUGUCCGUGAGCUCGGGCCCGCGCCUCUUGUGCAGCGUGGAUGACGGCACCGGCUUCGCCUUCCCGGAGCAGAUCGUCACCCUGUGGGCCCAGGAGGGGGUGCACAACGGCAGGGAGGUCUUGCAGAGCCUCGACUUCAGUGUGGACGAGAAGGUGAACCUUUUGGAGCUGGCCUGGGCCCUUGAGAACGAGCUCAUGAUGGUGGGCGGUGCCACUCAGCAGGCAGCCUUGGCCUGCUACCGCCAGGAGCUGAGCUUCCGCCAGGGGCAGGUGGAGCAGAUGGCCAGGGAGCGGGACAAGGCGAGGCAGGACAUGGAGAAGGCAGAGCAGAGGCACCUGGAGUUUGUGAAGGAGACAGACGACCUCCACUCUGCCCUGGAGCAGCUCGCAGAGGAGAACGUCGGACGCCUGGAGCAGGGGUACAGGGAGAGGCUGAGUCUCCUGCGGUCCGAGGUGGAGGUGGAGCGUGAGCUGUUCUGGGAGCAGGCCCGGCGGCAGAGGGCUGCGCUGGAGGAGGACCUGCAGCGCCUUCGGGCCGAAGAGGCCAGCCUCCGCCAGAAGCUGAGCCUGUCCCUGAAGGAAAACAGUCGACUGCAGAAGGAGAUGAUUGAAGUCGUGGAGAAGCUCGCAGAGUCGGAGAAGCUGGUCCUGAAGCUGCAGAAUGAUCUGGAGUUUGUGUUGAAGGACAAGCUGGAGCCACAGAGCACGGAGCUCCUGACCCAGGAGGAGCGGUUCUCAGAGGUCCUGAAGGAGUACAAGCUCAAGUGCCGGGACCUGCAGGACUGCAACGACGAGCUGCAGACCGCACUGGAAGGCCUGCGGGCACAGCUGCCCCCGAGUCGGCACGGCCAGCUUCUCCCGGGACAUGGCCCGGCAGGCAUUGUCACGUUUGUGGGUGAUUCCGUCCCAGUGAGUUUAGAGACGGAGAUAAUGUUGGAGCAGGUGAAGGAACGUUACAAAGACCUCGAGAUCCAGCUGGAGACCAAGGUGAAUUACUAUGAAAGGGAGAUGGAGGUAUUGAAAAGGGCCUUUGCGGAGGAGAGAAAGGAGCUGGAGCGGGCCUUCAAGCUCGAGGUUGGCGUGCUGCAGGGUCAGAAGGCCGAGCUGGCGACGCUGCACCAGGAGUCGCAGGAGGCUGUCCGAGGCCUGCGGGACCGGCUGCAGCGGGCCGUGGAGCUGGAGCGGGGCCACGCACGGCAGCUGGCCCAGGAGAGGGACCAGCUGGAGGAGGCGCUGCAGCGGGUCAGAAUCAAGUUGGAUAGGCUUUCUGAAGAAAACACGCUUUUGAAAAAUGAGCUGACAAGGAUCCAGCAAGAGCUUGAAGCUGCAGAAAGGACAGAGGCUGCACAGAGGAAGGAAGUUGAGGUUUUAAAGAGAGAGAAGGAAAAGGCCUGCUCUGAGAUGGAAGAGCUCUGCACACAGAGUCAGAAAUGCAAGGAUGAAUUGUCCCAGCUCAACCACAGGGUCCUGCAGCUGGGAGAGGAGGCCUCUACCCACCAGGCCCAGAGCAAGAAGAAUCACAUCACUGUUCAGCUGCUGACACAGAGACUGGAGGAGGCCGCAAGCCGGGAGGAGCUGCAGGAUAACCAAAUCCAAAAACUUGAACUUGAACUUGAACACGUGACUCAGGAACGUCAGAGCCUGAGACUGGCACAGUCACAGCUGAGAGAGGCCCUCGAAGAGAGUCGGGACCAGCUGUACGGGGCCACCAUGAGGCUGAGGCUGGCCCAGUCCCAGCACGCCCACGCGGUCCAGCAGCUGCAGGAGCAGAUGGAGCAGCUUGUGCCUCGGGGCCGCGUGGCUGAGCUGCAGCAGCUGCUGGAAGGGGAGCGGCAGGCGGCUCGGCAGCUCCAGGAGGAGGAACGGGAAGCACAUGAAAAACAGCUGAAAGCCGCAGAAGAGCGGGUGGAGGAGGUGGAAAUGAUUUUGAAGAACGUGGAAGCGCUCCUACAAGAGAAAGUGCGUGAGCUGAAAGAGCAGUUUGAAAAGAAUACACGAUCUGAUUUGCUGCUCAAGGAGCUCUAUGUGGAAAAUGCUCACCUAACGAAAGCGCUUCAGGUCACUGAAGAGAAGCAACGAGGUGCUGAGAAAAAAUCCCGGUUCUUGGAAGAAAGAGUUAGAGCUCUCAACAAACUACUGUGUAAGAUCGCUUCAGCAUCUCUCUCUGUGUAG